GGGAUCACAUCCCAUCUUCCACCAUGGAGCUGAACCAGACAUCCCCAGCUCCCACAUCUCCCUUGACGGACACCAAAGGAGAUGAUCCGUGUGGGAUAGAGGUCACCGACAUGGCCAUAGAUGGUGUCAUCCUACUCAUUGGCUUCUGUGGGCUGCUGGGCAACGGGGCUGUCCUCUGGCUCCUCGGCUUCCACAUCCGCAGGAACCCCAUCACCGUCUACAUCCUCAACCUGGCCGUGGCUGAUUUCACCUUCCUCCUCUUCAUCAUCACCUCAUCCCUGCUCUACAUGGUGGACAAUGCCUCCUGCUCUCCCGUCGUUGUUUUCCUGCUCGCCUGCAUCAACAGCAGCACCAACCCCUUCAUCUACUUCCUGGUGGGGAGCUGCUGGAGGCGCUGUUCCCUGGUGUCCCUCCAGGUCGCCUUCCGGAGGGUCUUUGAGGAGACGACCGCCUCUACACCCUAUAGACGCCUUUCUGACACCCUCCAGGCCUCCCCAACACCCUCCAGAGCCCCCUUCCAGGGGGACCAGUGUGUCCAUGGUGGCACCAUUGCUGCAGGCAGUGCUCUCUUCCGUCCCCUCAAAGAGCCUGUGGAGGGAGGUCUGGAGGGACACCAGGGAACAGCGCCUCCAGCAGCUCCCCACCAGGCAGUAAGUGAAGGGUUUGAUGCUGCUGUGGAUGCAGGCGAGCAGGAAAACAACCUGGGAGGACACCACAGUGUAGUCGAGCUGCUGCAGGAAAUUCCCGAGGCUGAGGGGAAGAGCGAAGAUGAGGAAGAAGAUGACAGUGAGGAAGAUAACGGUGUGGAGCCUCCUGUGUCGCUGCUGCUGGGAGCCACACUUGACCUGAAUGAAGAGGACCGUGCUGGAAAUGACCAUGGGCGGGGCGAAGAGGAGGCUGAGGAUGUACAUGGAGAUGAGGGACGUCCGGCAGGGCUCGUGCUCAUCCAGGAGGCACAGGGAAGUCACCGUGGCAAUGACAGCGGCGGAGAGGACCCAGAGCAGGGCACACACCACCCCGGACAGGCGCGGGGGGCGGUGGCAGCGAGCAGAUCCUCCCAGGACAGUUACAUGAAGAAGAAAGUCCCCGGAUCACUGGCUCGUCUCCGUGUCCUGUCCUGGUGGUGUUCCCUCGGGAGCAAUGGGGCCACGGGGGCGUCUGAAACGGUUUUCCGUGUGAGGGGAAGGAGGAGCAGCGCAGGUGUCACAAUGGACAUGUCCCCUGCCACGGAAAGAGCCGGCCCCGCCUGCUGGGGCCAACCCACUGGGAUGGCAUCUAACAGGAGCUGGAGUGAGGACAACCCCUACAGCUGGACUGACUGUGAGAGCAGCCACUUGAGCAAAGUGCCUGUCACGCUGUUCAUCUGCCUCUGUGGGAUGGUUGGGAACGGGGCUGUCCUCUGGCUCCUCGGCUUCCAAAUCCGCAGGAACCCCGUCACCAUCUUCAUCCUCAACCUGGCCAUCGCUGACUGCACCUUCCUCCUCUCCAUCGCCAUCUCCCUGGGGAUAUUUUAUGUCCCAGAGAGCCUCUGCCACGAGCUGGGCUCACAGGGAGUGACAGCCGUGCUGAACGUCACCGUUCUGUUCGCCUUCACUGCCGGUGUCUACCUGCUGACAGCCUUCAGUGCUGUGACAGCUCUGUCUGUCCUACCCCUGUCCCACUGUCCCUGCCGCCACUCCCAGCGCUUCCCAGUGCUCCUGUGUGCCCUGCUCUGGGUCCUCUCCCUCCUGCUCACCGUGACCCUCUACUUCCACCCUUCAGCGCUCGCUGCCUUCGUCCUGAGCUACCUCUUAUCGGUGCUCACCCUCAUCUGCUCUGCUCUAACCCUGCUUAUUGUCCUGUGCUGCUCGUGGAAACACCCUCCAAGGAAGCUCUGUGCCGUGGUCCUGCUGGCUGUCAUCUUCUUCCCCUUCUUCACUGCUGAUUUUGGGUUCUGGCUCUUGCUGAGGGUGUUUGAUUUUUCUGUCUUUGUCCUCAGUGCCUCCCUCCCGCUUGCCUGUGCCAACAGCAGCGUCCACCCUCUUAUUUACUUCUUGGUUGGCAGCUGUGCAAAGAAGUUCACACUCUCUCUCAGUGCUGCCUUCCAAAGGACUUUUGAAGAUGUGUCAGAGCCUCAAAAUAAAGGCAACACAGUGGAAUUGUUAUGAAAUAAAAUAAUCACAAUAUAG